AUAUUUCUGACAACCCAUUUGGUAACCAAGUCAAUCGACGCACAUAUGAAACUCUCGAAAUUCUCAGCGCUCGUUUCGGUCCGUGUUUUGGUUUUUUUUUUUGCUAGUGUAACUCAAGAUUUGCCGUAUUUGGUGUUCCUAUUUGGUGUGAGACCAUGUUGAAGGCGCAGCAGCUGAUGGCCAGGGACCAACAGGCGGCCAGGGCGAAGGAGGAGGCGCGUCGCAAGCGCGCCGAAAUGCGCCAAAGCUAUGGUAACAAGUUCUCCAGCAUAAAUCUGCACAGGAUGCGCCAGAAGCAGACAACCAGUGCCGGCGAUGCUGCCCACAGCAAGAAGGCGCCGGUGGAAACCAAUGCCGAUGCGCCGGCAAUGCCGACGACGAAUGAGAAGGAUGACCCCACACUGCGUCGCAUCGCCUCCAGUUUUGAGCACGUGCGGGAUUUGGUCAGCGGCAGCACCGUCGCCUUGCCCCUGGAGGAUGGCGAGGAUGACGCUCGCGAGGAGCGCACCGAGGUGCUCAUCUGUAGUCAGACAAUGCCGCCACCCGAUGAGCUGCCCGUUGACUUGCCAUCUCCUGGCAAAUCUGAGACGGAGUGGGAGCCCGAGCUCCAGUCGCAGUUCCAUCUGGAACCUGAACCGCAGCCUCAUCCGGAGCCCCCCAGCACAGACACUGCUGCUGCUGCCCAGAUCGCUGAAUUGACGGCAUCAGUCAUGUCGUCCAAAGUAAUGCCCGAUUUGCCGCCCACCGAAUCGCGGGCCUUCGAACGCUGGCAGCAUCUGGGCAGCACGGUAUCCGCACUUUUCCGCGCCCGGCGGAACAUCGACACCGCCGAGUCGCCGAUGGCGCAGACCCGACGACUGCGCGAGCAGCGCGAGCUGCUCGAGGCCUUCACCCGACCCUUUCUGUACGACGCCUACAGGCGGGAGUAAGUGGCUAGUGGUGCCGCCUGCGAA